AUGCUUGAUCCAGCAAAAUCACUUAUUGAAAAGGCAAAGGAAAAUGGUGUAUCUCUAUUUCUUGCUGUUGAUGUUGUGAUAGCAAAUAAGUAUUCAGCUGGUGCUAAUCGCAAGGUUGUUCCAGUUGGUGUUUGCAAUUGCGAAUAUCCCUUCACAAUUGCGAAGGCAACAGUGAUUUCGGAGCUAGUGGCUGAUCAGAGUUUGAGGGUGCUGCCUUUAGUUCAGGAGACCCAAGGUGUCGAGUCUAUUACAGCUGUUGAAAAAGUGGGGCUUGCGGACAAGAUGAGCCACAUUUCAAUGGGAGGGUUUGCCAGUAAAGAGCUUCACAAGGGGAUACCGCUUCAUAGGGUGCUUGCACUUGAUGAUGAUGCUUGA